CAUAUGUCGCUGUCAUGUUGCAAUGGCCAUCUUCCCCAACCACGCCAACGCGACGUUUGGGAGAGACGGUGAGCGUUGUAAGCAUUGGACAGCUUACGGUGGCGCCAGAGGAUCCUCCACUUCCACCCAGUCGGCGUUGGACACUAGGAGCCACAAAGCAUGCCCUGGGGGGAAGGUCAGUCCUCGAACCGAUCGAAAACUCUGCGAAAGCUUGUUCUCGCCGUACUUCGGACGAAAUAUGUUUGGUAUCAUUAAGCGGAAGCAGGCACUCGUCCAGGGGCUGCUUGCCACCUUUGGAUGUAGAUGCUUCAGAUUUAGAAGAACGCCGCAUCAAGGGCUGUCGCGGGGCCUCUGAGUAUUUGCAAAGGCAAAGCCGCAGACAUGAGCUCAGCACUCAUGAGCAAUUUUUUGUGAAGGAGAGCUUUCAGCGUUUCAAGUCAGGUGCAGAGAUGAACUGCAGUGAUCUUUAUGAUGUUCUCGACCAUCUUGGAUACUUGGGCAUCACUGAGGAAGCUGCUACCUCUCUAGCAAAAGAGGUGUCUCGUUUUUCCACAUUAGAUUGGAAGGAGCUGCUCAAAGUUGUGGAGUGUGCUGGACCAUGGGAAUACGAACAGUUGCAGGUGACCUUUAAGGCACAUUCGACUGACUUGGCUGAUGGCUCAACGUUUGUUCAUGUGGCCAGACUUCCACUUCUUCUGCAUGAUCUCGGGCUAUCUUCGGAUUGGCAAGCCAUUCGUGAAAGCAUUAUGGAAGCGUUGGGACUGGAUAUACAACAGCAACCGCAGAUCCAAUCUAGCGAUUCAGAAGUUUCUGGGGAUGACAACAGCUUCCAGUUCUCAUUGGAACAAAUCAAUCUGAUUUUGGCGACACAUCGUGCAGCUCAAUGCUCCUCGUCCACUCUGCUCAAGUGUGCUGAGACUUUAUUUCUCUCUGUAGCUCGAGUCAGCACACUGAGCCAGCGCCCUGAAGUCAGCAUUCAUCGAGUCCCAGAGCUUUUGCAUCGACUGCAUGAAUACGAUGUGUCCGACAGUGUCCGUGAGAUAUGUCGUCGGCUGCGCAGCGGCGAUCUGAUGAGUGACGCCAGCGAUGCGUCAGGAGAUGAAGAUCUGCAGCUGUCUCACACUAUGGCAUUCAGUGAAUUUUUGAUCUGGAUGCGGCGGAUGCGGUGCUUGGAGCUUGGGAAACAUUGGGAGAGGUAUCAGAAGGUGGCAACAAGCGCUGGCUUGGUUCCUGCAACGGAGCUGUCUACUUUGGUGCCAGGGUUGCCACCAUUUCUGGAGCUUCAAGAAGAGCUUUUCGCUGAACUCGGGCUGGAGCACACUGAUCAUCUCAGCUUCGAAGUACUGGAUUGCCUUAGAAGGCAUUGUGCAUUGGUGAAGGAUCUGUCAACAGAGGAGGCACGAUACUUCAGCGGCGUUUUUAGCCAAUUCCAGUCAGAAGAUCAAGUAGGUUUUGUUGACCGAGCAGAUUGCCUUUGUAUCUUCCGCUACAUGGGAUUUGGCUUGAACAGCGACGAAAUCUAUUCCUUGCUGUUGGAUGCUAAAGCUGCUGGUCAUCGCCUACUGAGUCUUGCCGACUUCUUGAAUAUGAUAAGGGCAUGCCGCUCGAGGCAAAGAGGGAUGAUAAGAACUGCAUAUGAGAUGAAUGCCCAGUUGCCUGCUCGGAGUUUCGAGAAAUGUUCAGAUCCUUUCCCACAUCUGAUGCAGCAAACUGAUGCGGCAAGGGAAAUGGGCUUUUCUGAUCUCAGCGACUUCGAGGAGACAGGUUCUGCCUUGACAAUGUCUGACGAUGAGGACUCUCCAAAGGAGCUCAUUUUUGGCCGACGGCAGAGCAAUGAAAGCUCGCGAGCAGCUUUCAGAAGGCGCAGCAGUGUGAAACAGGAAGGCACUGCAAAGAAGGUGUUGCAAGGAGAAGGGCUAGUGGUGCCGCAAGGGGCCUUGGAGGCAUUGGGUUCCCUUGGCUGGUCAAUGGAAGAGGAUGCCUUGGAGGAGGGCCUAACUCGGAUUGGUCUUCAGAACUACAGACUCUUGAGUUUGGAAGACUUCAUGAACCUGGUCAAGCUUCUGCGCGAAGAGGAGGCCGCCCAAAAGCAACGACAAGCUGGCUGGACUGUAUCCGAGGCACAGGACAUUCUGUGUCUCUUCGAAGCUCAUGGAGGAUCUUCAAUGUGCUCCUUGGACGAGGAGGAUUUAGAGCAUCUCCUGCUGGAUCUAGACGUCCGGAAGGGCUUUGAAGAGCAAAAGCAGCUCUUGGAGAAAGCCCGCUUGCAGAGUGCUGUUGAGGGAGCCACAGAGGUGACUCUUUCCACAUGCUUGUACCUACUUCGCUUCAUCUCGGAGAAAGGCUUGCGCAGUGUCUUUGGCCGGGAAAGUGAGGCUUUUCACGCCGAGGGGUGUUCAGAGGCUGAUGUUGCAGCUUAUCGUCAUUUGUUCCGGCAAAUCAAGAAUGGCGAUCUGUGCGAGAUGCCAGAUACUCCCAGCAGUGGUCUUGUGAGAAGAUCAGAAUCCGGCUUGAAGGUGCCCUUGUUGCCGGGCACCAAAUCGUCCAUGCCUGGAAAGCACAAAAAGAUAAAAAAGAGUAUCAAAAGAGAGUACCCAGUGUUGCUGAAGAAGAUCCAGUCAGCCUUGGCUGUCCCAAGUUCAAUCCAGCAAGUUUCCUGUGCUGCGGUCAUGAAAUUCCUCAGGAAGUUAAGCCAACGCUGUGACGAACGGCUUACACCACUGCAACAGGCAGAUCUGUGGAAGACGAUCGAGGAUUUUAGCUUUUCAAGUCCGAGCCGAGACUUCAUGGAUUUUGCGUCAUUUGUCCGGGUCAUCGGGUGGGUGCGCAGAACAGACUUUGCAAAUAUUCGCCAAGAAUCUGACAAAGUCGGAUCCUUUUGGGCAUUAGCUGAGUCGACGUUGAUACGCUGAGGGAAGAGUUGCAUUAGUUAAGCACGGAAACGAAAGGUGGACUUGUGGAGAGUAGGUAACUCGCUCUCAGCUUCGAAGAAGCUCCUUAAAGAGGAGCAUAAUAGAACACGGAG